UUUAAUAUCUGCUUAAGCAACAACUCAUGGCGACAAUUCAAUGUCCCCAGCCCGUCACCCAUACGGAGCUACCGAUUCUCAAUGGCCACGACGGUGCUCUGCCACCGAAGACCGCUAUCACCACUCACUCGGUCGAAACGACCACGCCCGACACUCAACGUCCUGCUUUUGAGAUAGAAGAGCACCCAAUUGACCAGGUUCGACCGAUUAAAGUCGGUGUUAUUGGUGCGGGUCUCGCUGGUGUAACAGCGGGGGUACUUUUGCCGGCGAAAGUGCCCGGUGUCGAUUUGCGCAUCUAUGAGAAGAAUGCCGAUGUGGGCGGCACAUGGUUCGAGAAUACGUACCCUGGAGUGCGAUGCGACAUUCCCGCACACGUAUACCAGUCCGGCUUUUCACCAAACACACAAUGGACGGAGGAAUUUGCGCAAGGCGCGGAGAUCAGAUCAUAUUGGCAAGGGCUGGCGAGGAAGUAUGACGUAUACAACUAUCUCCGCUUGCAGCAGAAGAUCGAGCGCGCCGUCUGGCAGCCUGAUAAGGGCAAAUGGUUGGUGACGAUUCAGGACCUGAAAGAUCCACAGACCACAAGACACUACGAAGAAGAGCUCGACGUGCUGAUCAACGCCAUCGGCCACUUCAACGCCUGGAAGCUACCUAACUAUGAUGGAAUGGACUCAUACCAAGGGACUCUUUUCCAUUCAUCUAACUGGAACCAUGAGGUCGAUCUACAGGGCAAGCGAAUUGCUCUUAUUGGAAAUGGAGCCUCGGGUCUCCAGGUCCUUCCCUCCAUACAACCCAUUGCACGACAUGUCGACCAUUAUGCGCGUAACCGCACCUGGGUCGCCGAUUCCUUCGGCACGACGGGCGUUCGUCGCCUCGAGCCAAACCUCUUCUCCGAAGAGCAGCUGGAAUCAUUUAAGGACCCAGACACAUACCUUAAAUACCGGAAGAGCGUGGAAGAAGGGUACUUCUCUCGAUUCGGCGCCGUAUUCAAGAAUACACCUGAGAACCAGGAGCUACGCGAGAAGUGGACCAAUCUAAUGCUCUCGCGCGUGGGCAAAGACUCGACCCUGGCGGACAAGAUCAUCCCUGACUUCCCACCCAACUGCCGCCGUCCCACUCCAGGACCAGGCUAUCUUGAGGCCCUUGGCAAAGAAAAUGUCAGCUACAUCCAGGCCCCCAUCCAGCGCUUCACGUCGACGGGAAUUGUCACCACAGACGGCAUUGAACGGCCUGUGGACAUUGUAAUCUGUGCCACCGGGGCGAAUGUGGACCACGCACCUCCAUUCUCCAUCGUCGCAAAUGAUGUCGACCUGAAGAAAGCAUGGAAGCACGACGGGCUCUACGGAUUUCCCUACAACUACCUCGGUAUGGCCACGCCGGGGUUCCCCAACCUGCUGUGGAUCGGCGGCCCCCAUUCUACCGGCCAAGGUGGCAGUGUACCCAACUGCCUGGAGAAUCAGAUCACGUAUAUCGCCAAGCUCUUGCGCAAGUUCCGCGCGCAGGGCAUCAAAUCCCUGGAACCGUCCAGAGCGGCAACGGAUGACUUUGUCGAGUACUGCGACACAUUCUAUCCGCGGACGGUGUGGACGGGCAAUGAUGACUCGACUCCCGGGCAAAAGAAUUGUCGCUCAUGGUACAAUGGCGGUCGGCCGGGGGGUAGAAUCCAUGGUUUGUUCCCUGGCAGCGCGUCGCAUUUGAACUACCUGAGGCGGGAUCCUCGGUGGGAGGACUGGGAGUAUACCUAUACCAACCCCAGUGGAAAUCGGUUUGCGUACUUCGGGAAUGGCUGGACCAAGCGGGAAUUAGAGCAAGGUGCCGAUCUAACGCCGCAUUUGAGCCGGCCGGAUACGAUCGAUUUGCGAACAUAUUUGGAGGGCUGGUGGGAUGCUUAGGUGACGG